AUGGCUACGGAGGAUUCUCCUAGUCCAAAGAGACCGCGUCUUUCUCAGCAGUCUGUACUGGAGUUUACUUCUGCCCCUCCUUCCACACCCUCACCACCAAUCAGACCAUGGGAGCUUCCGCCAAGUCGCAGGCCACACCCCUAUCCCCACCCACACUACCACCCUGAACGCUGCCACACACCUGUACGGCACAGACGCAGUCCUCCAGUGCGGCGUCAGCGAGGCUGGCGAGAGCGUCUGUCACGGCACCAUCCCCCUCAUGGGUCCCCGGGUGGGGGACAGGAUGAAAACUAUCGCCACCCUCCUCACCCACAUUCGCUUCAUCCCUAUGGCCAGCCACCAUCCCACCCUCCACCCGGCCUUGAUGAGCCCCGGGCCUUUCACCCCCCCACGCUCUCGCCUCGGUUAUUGCACCCUCCGCAGCAGGGAGCCAUGGUGAUGGAUCUUCAUGAGCAGCUCCCUCAGGGUACUGUGCCGGUGUCGUAUACACUUUCUCCAAUGCCGCCCCAUGGUCUACCUGCCCCCCUCUGUACGGGACAGCAUCUCCCAGCAUGCUCUUCUCAACAGCAGGUGCCCGCCUGUUCUGUGGUCUUCAGCGGACAGCAACACUAUCCAAUCUGUAGCAUACCGCCUCCUAUGUUGCCGGCAUGUUCAGUGCAGCAUUUGCCAGUGCCGUACGCCGCAUUUCCUUCUCUUCUCUCCAGUGAUCCACCCUUCCUGCUUCAUCCGCCGCAUCUAUCACAUCAUCCGCCCCACCUCCCCACGCCUGGACAGUUCUUACCUUUCCAGACGCAACAGUCUCGAUCUCCGCUGCAGAGGAUAGAGAAUGAGGUUGAGUUGUUGGGGGAACACCUGUCGGUAGGUGGAGGGUUUAACUACCCUCAUUCGGGGCAUCCUAGUCCUCUGCCCCCUUCCACCCAACUGCAGUUCCUCUCCCAUGAACCCCUGCCCCAGGAGCUCUUUGGAGUGCCGUAUCCACACUUCUUGCCUCGGCGAAUCACAGGCAGACGUUACCGCUCUCAGCAGGCUGUACCUCCACCUCCUUACCACCCAAGUCUGCUGCCCUACUUCCUAUCUGUUCUUCCAGUCCAGCCAACAGCAGUGGGUCCCACCAUUAGCUUGGAGCUGGAUGUAGAUGAUGGAGAGGUUGAGAAUUAUGAGGCUCUGUUAAACCUUGCUGAGCGUCUUGGAGAAGCGAAGCCUAGAGGUUUGACAAAAGCCGAUAUCGAACAGCUGCCUUCCUACAGAUUCAACCCCAGCAACCAUCAGUCAGAGCAGACUUUGUGUGUGGUGUGCAUGUGUGAUUUUGAGUCCCGUCAGCUGUUGAGAGUACUGCCCUGUAAUCAUGAAUUCCAUGCCAAGUGUGUCGACAAAUGGCUCAAGGCUAACAGAACCUGUCCUAUUUGCCGAGCAGAUGCCUCUGAAGUCCAGCGGGAUUCCGAGUGACGCUGCUCACCGAACACACAUAUACACACACACACGCGCACACACCAAACACUUCAGUCAUUCUCCUACCCUGUUACAUUCAAUUAACUCCCACAUGCAUAAUUACUCCUCGCACACAGAUGACUGCUGCAAAAGAUUCAUAAAAACUUUAUGCAUCAAAAUCAUCGUUUGCUAUUCAUCUAUGAAUAUCCAACUGAGACUCACACACAAACACAUCCCUUUGGUUGUUUGAUCACUAAUUCUUUGAGUGGAAGUCCAAAGAUUAUGGUUUAUAUUAUCAUUCUGGUUAUGUUCUGGUUCUGAUAUUGUUUUUUUUAAAAAUAUGAAUAUAUAUAUAGUUUAGUUCUCCCCUUUGGGAGCGGGUGUUGUAUGUUGCAGUCUUGUGUGUGUGUGUGAGUGAGUGAGUGAGUGAGUGUGUAUGUGCACUAACAUUCCCGGCUAUGUGAGCACACUGUGGUGUGGUGGUCUUUACGAAGGUUAAUGUUGUGAGCAUGGGCUUUUAUAUUUUACCAACAAAUAUAGCUAUAUAUAAAUAUGUAUGUAUGUAUCAAUAUAGAGGGACAAAUUACAAAAUUCAUACUUUUUUUUUUUUUUUCCCCCCAGAAAAAGAAUUAUGGAACUAUCUUUUUCCAAAAAUGGAACAAAAGAUUCAAAUUAUAUCUAUACAUAAACCGGGGCUUUUGGGUUGGUCUUGCUCAAUUAUGAUUUAGCAGUCUUUAUAGAAUUGGAAAACUGUGAGAUGUGUGUGUGCUUUUGUGUGAAAGAGAGUGUGUAUUAGAGAAUCAGUUGUUUGUUAUUUAUCCCAUAUGUAUGGUACAGAACACUGGCUUGUCGCUCUCACUUUUAUUCUUGUCUGGGAUUGGCUGAGGAUGCGCACUGACAUGACAUGUGAUUGGUUUGGAGGGGCAGUGGAAUAUUCUCCAAGUUCCUAUUAGAUGUAUCCUGCUGCAAACAUUUUUUCUUCGGUUUUCUUUGCCGCCUGUCACGUUUGCCAUCUACAAAACACAAAUAACCUUUUAAAAAAACAUUUAAAAUAUGUAUUUCUAAUCCAUAGCCAGUCCUGCAGAUUGAUUAUGUAAUCAAAGCACCACUUUUCUCAUUUAGCACUUGGUGUCAUAGUUUACCCAAAAAUGAACAUUUGUGGAAACUUUACUCACUCUUAUGAAUUUUCUUCUUCUGUUGAACACAACAUAUUUUGAAGAAUGUUGGUAACUCAGCAGUUUACUUCCAUGGUAUUUUCCCCCCAAACUAUGGAAGUCAGUGGCUACCAACAACUGUUAUGUUACCAACAUUCUUCAAA